AUGGCUUAUUGUAUUGGUUUAACGAUCAGUAUUCCUCAUCAACAACUAAAAACCUUUUCUUGUCGUGUACAUUGGCCAUUUGAUGAGAACAGUAAUCCACCCGACAUGUCAAAUUUAUACGAUAAUGAUGUGUUAACACAAAAGCCAAUUAAUAAUACAAUAUUACCCGAUGAUUGCUCGAGUAUGAAAAAGAAUGAUAAUAAUAUUGAUCAUUCUACAAAAUAUAAUAGUAAAAUUCAUAAUUUAUCAUUAUCACAAAAUUCAAUUGUAAAAGAGGAACUACAUCUAAUAACAAACAAUAAAAAUUUUUUUUCAUUAAUGACAUCUCUUGGAUUAAAAUUAAAACUAACAAAAAUGACGUCAGCCAGUGAACAACCGAUUAAUGAUGGAAUGCCGUCAACAUUAUUAACAUGUUAUAAUCAACGUUUACGUAAACGAACAUUAUUGAAUAAAAAAUAUGCUGCACCACUUUGUUUAUUAAAUUUAAAAACACAUCAUGUUCUCGUUAAAGAAGCAAUUGAUUCUGUUCUUCCUCAAUUACGUUCAAUACCUAUUGUUAAAGAUUACGAAAAAUAUUGUUGUUCAAAACAGUAUCAUCGACAGCUAUCAUCUCAACAAAGUAUGGUACACUAUUAUUAUCACAGAUCACAACUAACAUUUUCACAUUCUCGUGGUCUUGUGAGAAGAGACGAACAAUUGAGUACAAAAACUUUAAAAAGAGAUUUUUCAAUUGAAACAAUAAUCAAAGAUUGCAAAAUUGUUUUGUCUCGGUUAGAAUCGUGCGAUUUGGAAUUGAUGAUUCAAUCAUCAUCAACAACAAAGAAGAAACGAAAAAUUCAAAAAGCAAAACGUACACCCAUAAACGGAACUAAAAUGAAAAAACGAAAACGACCAAAUGAAGCAGGACUAGAAUUAAAGAAUAAACGAAUGAAAAAGAUUGUUGUUGAUCAACCAUCAUUAUUGGAAGAUCAAAAUAAUGACAGUUCAGAUGAUUGUGUUAUGAUUCAAACGAGUACAUCAUCAUUUAAUCGAAUUUGUUUGAAAUGUUUUUUAUGUGAUGAGCGAAUAAUGAUAAUUUAUGGACAUUCUACGUCAAAUAGUUUACAUUCACAUUAUUUAUUACAUAAAAAUUCGCAAAUAACGCUGAAUAUUUAUGAUACAGAAAUAGAUCAGCAAAUAACGAGAAUGGUUGAAUUUUUUAUACCACCGAAAAGACAUGCACUUGAAGGAAAAGUAAAAGAAGUUUUUAUUUUAAACGGUCAAGAGUUACGUCGACAAAAUUCUGAAAAUAUUUCUCUACCAUCAGAAAAUAGUAAUAAGAAAACUAAAAAAUUCUUAUCGUCUUCCUGUUCGCAUUCAAAUGAAAUAAUUGUGCUUGAUUAA